AAAGUAACCUUGCUCAUUGCUUGUUGAUCCAUGAUUAAAUCAAGUGCGUUUUACUCUCAGAUUUGCGCAACCACAAAAUAAAAAAUGAAGUUUUGUUUGUUAGUGUUGAUGCAAAUUUUAAUCGUGGUCAAAGUGUACGGGGACUGCGAAAGACCUGCAGAUGUUUUAAAGUUUGAAGAGGAAUGUUUCGCUGAUCAUGCGGGAUUUAUUGAGAAAGUGUCACAAAAGGCAACAACUCUUUUCGAGUCGGCUAAAAAGCGUUUGGGAAUAACUUCUGAAACCGAACCAGAUCAAAAACCAAAGAAGUGUGAAUAUUACCAAUGCCUUCUUAAGAAAAUGCACGUUACCAACCAACAUAAUUUACCAGAGUUAAGCUCAUUGAAUGAUAGAUAUGGCCAGCAAUUAGCCAGUGAUACCAGUGAAGCGAAAGAGUGUUUUGCAAUGGCCGAAAAUAUCGAACAAUUAAUGGAAUCUCAAGAAAGCACUGUUGAUGUUAUUGAGCAUGACCCAGGCCGAACAAUCAAACAAGCGCGAGACACGAUGAACGAGAUCUUGUGCGAAAUAAGUUCGCAUGUUGUGCGAUGCCUGAGCAAGAUCACGCACAAGGACAGCAAGUGUCCUCUGUUCGUGUUUCCAUAGUAGGUAAACAUAUAUAUGCAAGGACUUUACGGAUCUUAAUUAAUUAAAAUAAUUUAAUGUUAUAUCUCAAUAAGAGAAUGUGUUUUAUUACCAUUAAGAGUUAAUAAAAAAGUUGAAAGUUU